AACGGUCCUGGCCCUAACCACCACAAACUCACCUUUGAUCUCACAAAUGGAUCUAAAACACCCUGGAAUGCAAGAAUUCUCAAUAUGCUCCUCAAAGAUUUGAAGGAGAGGGGUAAGAAAGAUGAUUGGCUGAUCCGAAGGUCAGAUGGUUACAUCAAAGAAAUACUCAAGGAUUGCUACAAGUGGUUGCAGACAGUAUGGAGAGAAGGGUGGGCAAAAGUCACCGCGAAGGGGAUAAUAGAAACUGGUGAAGAGGUGGAGGAGAGGUUGAUCACAAAAAGAGACAAAACUCUCAAAUCGGUUCGGCAAGCAACCCGUCAAACAAAAGUUCUCCAUCACAUCAUCGAGCUGAAGAAGGAUGAAUGGCUUCAACAGCUAAUUGAAAUGCUCGGAGAUGACAGGAUGAGCUCAGAAGAAAGCGAUGUGGAGAACGAUGUGGAAAUGGUACUCCGGGUCAAGAAUAUGCCAUGGUGUUGUGGGGUAGAGAAAGAACUGAAUAUUAUUGACCAUCAGAGGGUGUUGGAGAAUGAGAUUUUC